AUGUCGACUCCCCAAGUUUGUUCGUGGAAUUGGAGGAAGUUGUUGAAGAUUAGAGACCAUAUUCGUCCUCUUAUUAAACAUAAUAUUGGUGAUGGCAAGUCUACUUAUAUUUGGCAUGAUCAUUGGCACUCUUUAGGCCCCUUGCUUCACAGGUUGGGGCCUGAUGCUAUUAUUAACUCUGGUAUUCCUUCCAAUGCCUUGGUUAGCUCUUUUGUAAUGGGUGUGUCUUGGUGCUGGCCUCUUCGGAACAGUUCUGUCAUUCUUGAAGUUGUGAACAAUCUAGAAGACCUCUAUCCUAAUUCUAGUUACAAGGAUUCCAUUAUGUGGUUACCCUCUACAACUGGAAAGUUCUCUACAGCUUCAGCGUUAGAGCAGUUUCGGUAUCAUUAUCCCUCUAUUGACUGGGCAAAGCUUAUCUGGUUUAACAAUAAUAUCCCUAGAGCUAGUUUUAUCCUUUGGUUGGCUGUUCAUGGUAACUCUUGA